UGUUAAACACACCUGACAGUCAUCUGCUAGGAAUGAUUAAAGCAAAACAGAAAAGAGACGUGUACACAUAUGGCAGUGAACGUAACAAACUCAGUAACAGGAGCAGAUUAGUAGAAAAAUUUUCAAUCCAAAAAAUCUUUGGAAAAUAUCGUUAUUGCCAACAAAAAAUUUAGCAAAGCAUUAAAGGUGAACUUGAAGGCAAUUAUAUGCAAAAUCAAGGUGGCUGACGCAUCUUACUAUUUGCGAAUAAAGUUGUAGUUGUGACGAACUGACGUUAUAUAGCAGCGCAAUCUAGCACCUGUGCACAAAAGAAAACGGGGCAAGGCUUCUACCAAACUACGGAAUUCCUUUGCGCUGCCAGCUGAUGCACAUAUAUACAUCUAUAUAUAUCAAUAUACAAUACAAAAAAGCUUUUAUUUGGAAUAGAAUAUUGUCUUGAAUACAUUUUGGAUGCAGUGAGAUCAUACCAAUAUCUGAAUAAGCGACGGGGCGGCGUUCAGGUUAGUUAUAUCGCGAUUGAGUGACAAAAGUAAGCAUGACUAUCAAACCGGUGAUUGCUCCGUCGCAGAAGCGUGUGGCUUCGGAUGAGAAGAAAGAGUCACAUAGUCAUGGGCAUGCCCUCGCUUCUCAUUCUCAUACACAUGGUCACAACGUGGUCGAGCCAGGAAGCAGUCACAGCCAGUCCAGUGGUCGCACUACUGGCGCACAUCCUCCAUGCCGUGGCGGGCAGAGCCCUCAACGCCGUGCUGAAUCGUUCGACGAGAUUACGCGUCAUCGUCGAAGCCCACAUAAAAGCUCACGGUCUAAGCGUAGGGAUCAUCAUGACCAACAUCAUAAACGAGAACGCGCAGAGCGAGAAAAACAUUCAACUGCGAGUGGUUCAAAUAGUUCAAUCCCCAAGAAAUGCAGUAGCCCACAUGUCCAUGGAGGCGGAUCUGUAGCUACCUCUGCCGUCGGUAGUCCUGUAGGAAAGAAUGUAUUGGGCGGUGGCAGUAGUCCAGCGCAUGUAAGUGCUAAGGGAAGUGUUUCACCUGAUCAUCUCGGAGCUAUACCUGUUGUGCUUGGUUGCCAAAGUCCCAAAUCUUCAUCUUCGGUAACGCAAGCAACAGCUAAUUUGCUUAAAGAUGUCGAAGAGACAUAUUCCGGGUACAAUAGCGGCGACGAGCACUUGCAACCAAAAGAAGGUUCUACCACCGCCGAUGAGUGGCAACAACGCGAUGAACAGUUUGCUAAAUGUAUGGCUCAGCGAGGUUAUGAGUUACGGCCGGUUGAGGAAGAUGGUGCAUGCCUGUUUCGUUCAAUCUCAUUGCAAAUUUAUGGCGAUGAAGAGAUGCACGAUGUUGUACGCCAGCAUACGAUGGAUUAUAUCUAUAAAAAUCGGGAGUACUUUUCUCACUUUGUCACCGAAGAUAUUAACUCUUAUAUUAAACGAAAACGGCGAAAGGAUUCGCAUGGAAAUCAUAUUGAAAUACAGGCUAUGUCGGAAAUAUACAAUCGACCAGUGGAGGUCUAUUCUUACAAACCAACUCCGAUAAAUAUAUUUAAUUCAGAACAACUAAACAAAGGUUAUGCGCCGUUGCGCCUUUCCUAUCAGCGCGGAUCGCAUUAUAAUGCCAUUAUCGAUCCAUAUGACGCAAGUGUGGGAGUGGGUUUGGGAUUAGCUGGUUACAAACCGGAAUUGCAGACAAAAGAAGCAGUACUUUUGAGUGAACAAAUGGAGAUAGAGCAGACAAUGUUUGAAGACAAACUUAAAACAACUGAUUGGGAGGCCACAAAUGAAGCAAUAGAGGAACAAAUUGCACGUGAAUCUUAUUUACAAUGGUGCCGAGAAAAUUUGCAGAAAACUCGUUCUAGCGGUACUGCUCCAUCUACUUCGGCGACUGUAACGUCUGCCGAAGCUACCUCAGACUCUGAGGCAUCGCCCUCAAAAUAUUCCGCGCUACGCAAUAACAAUGGUAAUAUAAGCACUUCUAACACUAACAACAGCAGCUGCAGUAGGAAUAUAAACCAUACCGAUGUUGGUGGUUUAACGAAUACUGCAACUACAGAAAAUGUCUGCGAGCACAAGUUAAGUGGAAUCGUUGGUUCAGGACAGCUCCCGAACAAUACCGAUACAUCAUCGGGAACAUCUUUAGAACACAGUUUUGGUUUGUCGCCAAAGUCAUUGAGUUCUUUGGCCAACAAUUUAAAGAAAAGCUCAACUCCUCCACACUCCGUUGGUGAAUGGGAUGCUGACAGUGAUGACACAGAUAUGAGCAGUACGAGCUCAAUAGGCACCAGUAGUGGUAGUAACAACAGUGGCGGUCAAAAAAACACAAAAAAGCGCAGUUCAGGUUUGCGAACAGGUGGACAGAAACGGCGCCGUGAAACGGUUGCACCUUCAAAAUUUAAAGGCAUAUACACGAAUAUAUAACGGAAUGAAGGAAAAAUAUGGUUACUUAUUGUAAUUAUUUCUUAACAAUGUGUUUAUUUCGAUUUUUUUGUUGAUUUCCAUACGCAUUUCAUGAAUUAAACACUCAGAAAUAAUACAAAUUAUAUACAAUACUGAUUUGGACUAGUGAUAAACAUAAUGAAAUAACGAUGUACCAAGAGCAUUGCACAUACACCAUGAAAAUGCGCAAAUAAUAAAAUGUGAAAAAAAAAUGAUAUAAAAUUGCCCUAAACUAGACUACUGGAUACAUAUAUUUUAUUAUAUAAUUUAGCAUUCAUGUACUGGUAGUUCCAAGGGCUUCCAUUGUAGACAGCAUUUGCCUGAAAAUUUUGUGUAUAUUAAGUUGGCAAGUCCUUUAAAAUUCUUGAUAGCUCUUACUCGCUUGAACAGUGCUUGUGUGCAAAACUAGUUAAUAAUCUUACUGUUAAAAAAAAAACAUAUACGUAUAUAUUUAAGGACUUAUAUAAAAACAUAAUAUAAUAUAUGUAUCUUUAGUUAUUCACACGCAGAAUAUGUACAUAUAAGGAGCGUUCGCUAUGCACAAAAUUUGUACAAGUUGGUACCAAUUGUUACCAAAUCGUGUUCGUUUAGCCAAAAACCCAGUAAAAUUUGCAAGGAGAGAGUAGAGUUUUGACAUUUCCUUUGGAGGGGAAGUUGCAAAUUCGGAGGCUGGCAGUUGCAUAGCGAACACUCCUAUACUUGGAUCUUAAUAUCGUAAUACGUUUUCAUUAAAUAACUAUUACUAUAAACAAUAUUUUGUGCAUUGAACCAUGAUGGAUGUAAAAAGUAAAUGCAGCGAAUAUCUAGAGUUUUGAAUAUUGCUAUUGAAGUCUUUCUUGAAAUCUGUAUAUAAAAAAUAUUUCUUUGCAAAUAA